AUGGAUGAAGAUGAGGAGAAGAGAAAGCAGAGACCCUCUGGAAUCCUCAGGCUGGACAUCAGUAAACCCAGGAGGUCAUCAGGUGGCUCUGUGGAAUUCCGGAAUCAACCAGAACUACUCGGUGAGCAUCCUGGACCAUCGGCAUCGCCCUCGCCUCAGCAAUUGUCUGUGACCUGGGCCUUUCCGGAGGACGAUGAGGAUCACGCCAAGGGGGAUGAUGAGCAGACAAUGCUAAAGGCACUCCAAGAGCCACAGGAUGUCUCACCCAAGGAGUUGCAACCGCUGAGCGAUAAAAAGACCCCCAAACAGAAGGAGGAGCAGCAAUUUCACAAACGAGACCGUGGCAAGGAGUCGCCUAUUUAUAUGGAACCGUCGAGUCCUCUGGAACUGCCAGCAGCAGCCAGAGACUCAGAGGACGAAGAUUUGGAGGAGUACAGUGUGUCCGUGUCGGCAAUUAUGCAACGUAGAGCAAGUACUCGUGGUACACGAAAGAGAGGCUAUAGAAGCCCAAGGAGAACUUCAAGUCCCUUGGGGAAUACCAUGGGUUUCCCAGGAGGUCCUGAUCGGAGGCGUUCGAGCGUCUACACAACGAGUUCCGGGGAUACGGCAAUAUCGCUGGAGGAUGGUACGCAUCAGGAAUCCACGCAGGAACAAAUUCUCGAAAACAUCCGGUUGCACAAGGAGGUCAUUCAGUCCGUUAAGCUACAAGCUUGGAGUAUUAGGAGGAAACUGAGGCUUGUGCAUCAGGCAAGGUCCUACGUGGCACAGCAUGAGGGAGCUCUCCAGGAACGUCUUGCCAUGUCCGGAAGGACCAAGGAUUUAAUGGCGCGCUUUAAAUUACUCCUCGCUGCUAAAUGGCAACAAGGACGCAGAGAGCUGGCCAAUAUCUCGACAAUCCUGAUCCCGUGGGAGAGGCGAAUCAAGGAGAUUGAAUCCCAUUUUGGUUCUGUCGUGGCAUCCUACUUCACAUUCCUCCGAUGGCUUUUCUGGGUCAACAUUGUCAUUGCAGUGGUGCUCACGGUCUUUGUCGUUGUCCCUGAGAUUGUUGCAACGGAUUUAAUGGGAAAAAAUGACGAUCGGAAGCAAAUGCUGCCGGAAGAGAAGGCAACAGCUGCCAAUUUUUUGACCAUUUGGGAUUUUGAGGGAUUCCUCAAAUACUCACCCCUCUUCUAUGGGUAUUACUCAGACGUUUCCGGAACACUUUGGGGCUAUAAAUUACCCCUGGCGUACUUUCUAACGGGUCUCGUUGUCUACAUCUACAGCUUUGUGGCCACACUGAGAAAGAUGGCGGAAAACUCUCGCAUGUCGAAAUUAUCAUCCAAGGAUGAUGAAUGCGUCUUCUCCUGGAAAUUGUUUACUGGAUGGGAUUUUAUGAUUGGACACGCGGAAACGGCUCACAAUCGUGUAGCUUCUGUCGUGUUGAGCUUCAAGGAAGCCCUCCUGGAGGAAGCUGAGAAGAAGAAGGAUAAACGCAAUUGGAAGGUUAUUGGCUUGCGAAUCGUUGUUAAUCUCCUCGUUGCGGGUCUCCUUGUGGUCUCUGCGUAUGCCGUCGUGAUGGUAGUGAAUCGUUCAACGGAAAAUGAGGCAAAUAGCUCGUGGUGGCGUCGAAAUGAGAUUACAAUCGUCAUGUCACUCAUCUCCUUCUUCUUCCCAAUGUUCUUCGAGGGAUUGGGCUUCAUGGAGAGCUACCAUCCACGGCAGCAGCUACGCCUGCAACUUGCACGGAUUAUGCUGCUCAAUCUUCUCAAUCUCUACUCACUUAUUUUUGCGCUCUUCGAUAAGAUAAGUGAUAUGAAUACUGAAUUACUUCAAAUUAAGGCAGACAUUGGUAUGAAUCACAAUUUAACCCACCGAACUACCCCAUUGCCCACUGAGAGCUUUUCCGUGGUGGACUUUUUUCCCACCGUCAUUGGGGGUGCCCCAAUGGCGGAUUACGUGAUGACGAGCACAGCGGAAAUUGAGGAAGUUGCCACGACAUUUAUCACAGAGGUAACCACGUCAAUUCAAGCAACAAUUUCCACAUGGACAGAGGUCUACAUGGGGGGUAGCACGCAACAGAAUUGUCGACAAGUUGAAGUGAAUUGUAGCACAAAUGCCACGACCCUCCUGACCACCCUCCUCAUGCAGGGAAUCAUCAAUGCGACGGCGACAAAUGAAACGAGCUUUCUACAAGACUUUGAGGAGGUUUUCAAUCAAACUUUUGACUUUGGAAAUGAGCUUUACAAUUUUUCCAAUUCAUCCUCCAUUGAGAUGUUUCUGGAGAAUCUUCACAAUCUCACCACUUUCCCGCCAACGACGACGGAUUUCUCGGAACUUGUGAGCUUUCUCUCAAGCUCAACCACAACGACCAGCACGACGACCACGGCAGCUCCUGAUGAUUACUACUACGACUACCUGGAUGAUCAACCACCGCAGGAAAGCUCAAAUAACUUCUUUGACAUCAUUAGCAAUUUCUUCUACUCCAGGAAUACAACAGAUGCCCCACCAUUCGGCCCCAAUGCUACAGAAGUGGGAAAUGCGACGGAUUUCGUGGAAUUGUGGCAAAAUUUGUCAUCGCGAAUGGAUUCCUGGGCAGAUGGGAAUGGCACAAUGAUGGACAAUGUGACGGAAUUAAUUACGCGCCUCUGGGAUAUCCCGGAGGAGAAAUGCUUUGAGAUUGUCUGCGACGAGGUGGAUGAUGGUGUCGUCGUGGAAGAUGAAUGGACCACACUGACCGCAGUGACAGAAAAUCCAUCCACACCGUGGGAUUCUUCAACUCAAACCACAACGGAGGAAUGGCUGGAGGCAACAACGGCAGCAACCUCGGCAGACACGACCACGGAACGUGGUGGGCAGAUUGCUGUAGGGGAUGAGAAGAGCUUUUCAUCAUCAAGCACAUUUGAGCCCCCAACAACCACCACGGAGGCACCAACAGAGCCUCCCGUCACGGAUAUUGCAAUUCUCCGGCGUCGCGUGAAUUAUCUCGAGCAUGACGCCAAGAAGCGCCUCCGGAAGCUCUGCUGGGAAACAAUGUUUGGGCAGGAGUUGGUAAAGCUCACCGUGAUGGACUUGCUGAUGACUCUCAUGUCCAUAAUGUUGCUGGACUUUUUCCGGGCACUCUUUGUGCGGUUCAUGAAUAAAUGCUGGUGCUGGGAUCUCGAGAAGCGCUUCCCAAAGUACGGAGAUUUCAAAAUUGCCGAGAAUAUCCUGCAUUUGGUCAAUAAUCAAGGCAUGGUGUGGAUGGGGAUGUUCUUCUCCCCGGGAUUAGCUAUUCUCAAUCUCUUAAAAUUAGUGGUAAUCAUGUACCUUCGUUCCUGGGCUGUUCUCACCUGCAAUGUACCCCAUGAGGUCAUCUUCAGGGCUUCACGGUCGAAUAACUUCUACUUGGCUCUGCUGCUGACAAUGCUCUUCCUGUGUGUCCUUCCCGUGGCCUUUGCAAUUGUCUGGCUAGAGCCAUCCUGGCACUGUGGUCCCUUCUCAAAUCGUCACAGAAUUUACUACAUUUUCACGGAAACUCUCAGGGAAACGCUGCCACAGACCCUCCAUCGACCCCUGGACUACAUCGCCUCCCCGAGUACCGUAAUUCCACUCCUUCUACUCCUCGUUCUCAUCAUCUACUACCUCAUUUCCCUGACAAAUGCCCUCCGUGAAGCCAAUCAGGAUUUGAGGAAUCAGCUACGUCGCGAAAGGAUGGAGGAACGAAAGAAAAUGCGAAAAUUGGCUGAAAAUAAACCCACCACGGAUGCCAAUGCCCCCACGGGGAUUUCAGAACGAUGGCGCAAAGUACUAGAGAAUGCCACGUCACCCUUGACCCCAACAGGAGCUGCCCCUGUGGAUACGGAAGAGAAUAAAAUGCAAGCAAAGAAAGAACUCCUCCAGAGAAUUAUGAAGAAAGCUCUGCGCAAAAGCUCCGCAACAUCGGACGAAGACAGCACCCCGGCGGCUCCUGCAAUGCCGGCGGAUGAUGAAACAGACACAGAGCAACAUGAUUCCCUGCCGCAUGACCAUGAAAGUGGCCAAAAUGCAGAGGAGCGUGAUAAUCGUGUCAAUAAGCAGAAGAAUGAGGUCAAAACGAGGGAAUCUCUUCCGGAAAUCUUGAAGAAAUUGCGCGAAGCAGCCAAAAAGCAGAAGCAGGAGGAGAACAGAGAAUCCCCUGAGAAGAAGGGUGGCAAUGAUCAUCCACUGAAGAAGUUUCGUGUUGAAAAAGAUCCCGAGAAAACUGAUAGACGACAAAGUUUAACACUCAAGAAGCCACGAAAUCAUGAAAAUCAAGAAUUCAGCGUUAUCUCGGAGAGAGAAAAACCCAAAGUCUUUAAUUUUGAUCUACCAACAAAUGCAGAAGAAGAUUUGAGAGAUCUCCGAAUUCCUGAAAAGGAUUUAAGUACAUCAGAAGAGGAGAAGGAUUCCACAUCAUCGAGGACCCAGCACAAGGGAGCGGUAGUUUGCAAAGAGUUCACAGCUCCAAAGAGUGAGAAGGCCAAAUAUGGUGUGAUUAAGGUGAAAAAAGAUGCAAAACCCUCAUCUCCAAAGGAGCAGUCUUCACCGAAAAAUGAACCAGAACCAGUGAUGACCCCAAAGGAGCCUGCAAAGGGGAUGAAGAAGCUUAAUUCUUUCUUCAAUCUUGUCAAAGAAGCAAUUCAGGCCAAGAAAGAUCAGGAUGCUGAAGCUGGACCAGCUGAGGAAGUUUCUAAUGUUAAAGAAGAGGGAAAAUUAGAGGAUAAAGAGGAAGCCAAGGAAAGGUCUAAAGAGAGAGCAAAAGGAGCGUCCAAAGUGGAAGCCAAAGAAAAGCCUAAAAAGGAAGUCAAAGAAGAGAGAGAAGAAGUUUCCGGGAAAAGUCAAUCAAAGAAAUUUGAAAAGCCCAAAAGACAGGACUCAGUUGCUUCUAUUUGGUCAGAUAACAUCCCAACAAUCACAAUAAGUAAAACCGAAAGCGACGAAUGUAUUUUGGAAGCCAAAGAGUCUCGGGAGGAAAAUAAGGAAUCCUAAAAAUCAGAUAAGAGUUUAUGGGAUUUUCUAUGCUUUUUAUAUCCUUUUCAGAUUUGAGGUUUAAAUCGUUUAAAUCUCAUGUCUGAACUGGCUAUUGUAUAGACUGGAAAUGAAUCAUUGAGUUCAGCCAGUCUAAUCCAAUCUGUAGAACAAAAUUGAGAACCAAUGAAAAAUUUAUAAACUUUAAUGAUUAAUGAGGUUUUUCCAUGGGAAAUUGGUUUAACCAGUUUAGCCUUAAACUGCCAAGAUUAGCCACAAAACCAUUUCCUCUUGUCUUUUCGGAAAAUUUCCUUAAACGCCUAAAAGGUACGCGUUUUAGCCUUAAAAAUUUGAACUUGUAGCUGCUUUGAAAGGGAAUGAAAAGAAAAAA